UUACCAUAUCCACAGAUGGAAAGCAAAUUACAGGCAGAAGAAUCAAAUCGGACUGCAAUGAGGGAAUUUGUUCUCCUGGGAUUUUCUGAUAUACUCAACCUUCAAUGGGUUCUCUUUGGGGUAUUUUUACUCAUAUAUAUGAUUAUUUUGCUGGGCAAUGGCAUCAUAAUACUAAUAACAAGAAUUGACCCCACACUCCAGAACCCCAUGUAUUUUUUCCUUGGUAAUUUCUCCUUCUUGGAAAUCUGUUAUGUAACCACCACUGUCCCAAGAAUGCUCAAGGACAUUUGCACCAAAAAAGGAAAUAUAUCUUUUCUGGCCUGUGCUACACAACUAUGUUUUUUUCUUAUCUUUGGAGGUACAGAGUGUUUGCUUCUGGCAGUGAUGGCCUACGACCGCUACGUGGCCAUAUGUAACCCCCUGCACUAUCCUUUGGUCAUGAAUCAGAGGGUCUGUAUCCGAUUGGUGGCUGGCUCUUGGAUCAGUGGACUUCCGUUUGAAAUUGGGCAAACGUGUCAGGUUUUCUCUCUUUCCUUCUGCGGCGCUAACACAAUUAACCAUUUCUUCUGUGACGUCCUUCCGAUAAUCAAGCUUGGUUGUGGGGAUACAUCUGUGAAUGAGAUGCUGGUCUAUAUACUUUCGGUGAUAUUUUUCAUGGUUCCAUUUCUGCUAAUCGUUACCUCCUAUGGCAAAAUUAUCUCCAGCAUUCUAAAAAUAUCAUCCGCCAGAGGGAGGGCCAAGGCCUUCUCCACUUGCUCUUCUCAUUUGACUGUUAUAAUCUUAUUCUUUGGAACCGCUGCUAUCACUUAUUUCCAGCCCAAGUCAAAUAAAUCUGAGGGAUUAGAGAAGCUACUGUCUCUUUUCUACACGAUAUUGACACCAAUGAUGAAUCCUUUCAUAUAUAGUCUGAGGAAUAAAGAUGUUACUGUUGCAUUAAAGAAAUUGCUUCCUAAAUUAUUAUGA